AUAUAUAUAUUGUGACGAGCACUCCCAGAGGAAUCAGCGUCGCCCUGGAAACCAAACCAAAACACCUGCACGUCCUCGUCACCGGCUGAUCGGUCACAGCUGCUCCCCAUCAGCCAGCACAUUGAAAAGCAGCACAUGUUGCACUGAGAAGAGGUUCUCAAACAGAACGCAAAGCUGGACUAACCCCUCUCUCCUAUCCCCACAGAAAGCAGCGAGUGACCGACAGCCCACACCCUUUGGAGCACGUCUGGACACCCACUUUCCCCUUGAUUGGCACAGAGGAACACGGAGAGCACACGGGGAGCACCAACCAGCGGAAAGCAGAUCAGGACACUUCACCAGGCACCCUUCACUUUUCAAUAAACCCACCCUCCGGGGCUUUUGAUUUCACGUACCUCUUGUCGAGUGGUUCUUCACCCCGUGACAGUGGUGGAGAAUGCGGGCAGAACAGUGAGGAAUCACCGACAAGGUCACCGCCCCAACUCCUAAUUUUUUUUUGCUUUCUGUCAGCAGCACCACGGAAGGCGGCACGCGCGGCCCCGCGAUGGAGGACGUCUUACAACGCCUCGCUGAGGUUAGCAUCCGCCAGCAGCAAAUAGCGGAACACCUCGCCACUCGCCUGGGCAGGACGGAGGAUGAACUCGCCGCCGUCCGGGCGGCCGCGGCCCAGCGCGUUCCGCUACCUGAGCCUCGGGCACAAGCCACCCGUCUGUUGCCCAAGAUGACGGCCGAUGACGAUGUGGAAGCCUUCCUUCAGGUCUUCGAAAACACUGCCCACCGAGAGGGAUGGCCAGAGGACGAGUGGGCACGUGCGCUGGCACCCCUACUCACCGGUGAAGCACAGAGGGCUUACUUCUCGCUCCCCCUGACGAGUGCCGACAGUUAUGUCGAAGUGAAGCGAGAGAUCCUGGCGAGGCUGGGCCUCUCCCCUGUAAGUGCCGCCCAGCAGUUCCACGAGUGGGAAUACAAGCCCCGGGUGCCAGCCCGUGCCCAGGCAGCCGAACUCAGCCGCCUCGCCCAGCACUGGCUGUUGGCAGGAAACCCCACACCAACACAGGUAGCGGAACGAGUGGUGGUCGAUCGCCUCCUGCGCGCACUACCUCGCGCCCACCGACAGGCCGUCGGCAUGAGGGACCCACGUGACGUCCGGGAACUAGUGGAGGCGAUCGAGCUGGCGGAUGCCGUUCAUCCCAGCGGGGCAGGGGACCGGCUGCCGCCAUUCCCCCGGAGGGUGGUCCAGGAGCGACGCCCGCUCGAAGGCACCGCGCGACCCGUCAGCAGGCCGACGGUUCCCCCACCGCGAGAUGAGCCCAUGCCAAGUGCCGAACCACCGUCGCCUCCGCGAGCCUGGCUGGCAGGCUGCAUCCUUCACCAACGGGUGCCGGCGGGAGCCCCCGAAGCAGAUGUGAAGGUGGAUGGAAGACGGUUCCGGGCCCUGUUGGACUCAGGCAGUGCGGUCACCCUCAUCCAGGCGCGGCUGUGCGCCCCGCGAAGCGGCCGGAAAAACUUCCUACCGAUUACCUGUGUGCACGGAGACACUCGUCAAGUACCGGCCCGUGAAAUGGUCAUUUCGUCCCCCCAAGGCACCUGGCCAGUGGAGGUAGGCCUGGUGAAGGACCUGCCGGUGGCCGUACUGCUUGGAAGGGAUUGGCCCGGCUUCGAGAAGCUGCUGUCCGCCGCUACCCAGCCUGCCAGCCCCAAGGGGAACCGUCGAAGACCGAGGCGGCCGCCUGGACCCCGCCGCCGACCGGCCCUGCUCGUCUCCGACAGUGGGAGAGAAGGUGAGGCCCCCUCCCAAUCUACUAAUCUGUUUUAUGAUGUCUACCAACAGGCCGCUGGAGGGGGCUCUUUCGCCAAGGAACAGCGGGAGGACGACCGACUCAAGCACUGUUGGAGCCAGGUGCGAGUCGUGGAUGGAGAGGACGUCCUCCCCCGGCCCCACCCUCUCCCACAUUUUGUCGUAGAGAAUGGCCUGCUGUAUUGUGUCGCCCAGCGUAGGGGGGAGGAGAAAAAGUUACUAGUUGUGCCUCGUGCCAAGACCGAGACCAUUCUGGAGCUGGCCCAUUCCCACCCCAUGGCAGGACACCUCGCGGCAGCCAAUACGGCCCAACGCAUCCGCGACCGUUUCCAUUGGCCGGGCCUGGACGCCGAGGUAAAGCGGUUCUGCCAGGCCUGCCCGACCUGUCAGGCCACGUCGCCCCGGACUCCUCCCCCCAGCCCGAUCAUCCUGCUGCCUAUCAUCGAGGUGCCCUUCGAGCGGAUUGGAAUGGACAUAGUGGGGCCGUUGCCGAAGUCUGCCCGAGGGCAUGAGCACAUCCUGGUCAUCGUCGACUAUGCCACCCGGUACCCAGAAGCAGUCCCCCUGCGGAAGGCCACCGCAAAGUCCAUCGCCCAGGAGCUGUUUCUGCUGGCCAGCCGAGUCGGCCUCCCCUCAGAGAUCCUGACUGACCAGGGAACCCCCUUUAUGUCCCGGCUAAUGGCUGACCUCUGCCGGCUGCUGCGGGUGAAGCAGUUGAGGACCACUGUUUAUCACCCCCAGACUGAUGGCCUCGUAGAGAGAUUUAACCAGACCCUCAAGCAAAUGCUCAGACGUGUGGCGGCGGAGGACAAGCAGGAUUGGGACCUCAUGAUCCCCUACGUGCUCUUUGGGAUCCGCGAAGUUCCCCAGGCCUCAACUGGCUUCACCCCCUUCGAGCUCCUGUUUGGCCGUCAACCCCGGGGCCUCUUGGACGUGGCCCGGGAAGCGUGGGAGCAGCAGCCGGCCCCGCAUCGUACCGUCAUCGAACAUGUCCGGCAAAUGAGGGAACGGAUCGACCGAGUGAUGCCGUUAGUCCGGGAACACCUCACCAGGGCCCAACAAGCGCAGCAACGUCAUUAUGACCGGACAGCCCAGCCACGGGAGUUCCAACCGGGAGACCGCGUCAUGGUCCUGGUCCCCAGCUCCGCCUGCAAAUUUCUGGCCUCCUGGAAGGGGCCCUACUCGGUCGUCGAGAGGGUUGGACCGGUCACUUACCGCCUGAGACAGCCGGGACGACGGCAGGCGGAGCAACUCUACCACGUCAACCUCCUAAAGAAAUGGGUGGGGACCCGGGACCAAGUAGCUGCCCUAAGCCUCACCGAGCCCGUGGUUGUGGAUAUCAACCCCCACCUUUCGGCUGCCCAGAAGACGGAGCUGCAGCACCUGGUCAGUCAGUUCCAGGAUGUGUUCUCCUCUCAGCCCGGGCAGACCAACGUGCUUCAACACCAUAUCCGGACGCCCCCAGGAGUCGUCGUUAGGCAACGGCCCUACCGAGUCCCGGAGGCUCGUCGGCAGGCUAUUGAGGAAGAGGUCCAACAGAUGCUAAAGUUGGGGGUAAUAGAACCAUCCCGGAGUCCGUGGUCCAGCCCCAUUGUGAUGGUCCCAAAGCCGGAUGGCACCCUCCGCUUUUGUAACGACUUCCGCCGCCUGAACGAAGUAUCCGAAUUCGACGGGUACCCCAUGCCUCGGGUGGACGAACUGCUGGACCGGCUAGGAAGGGCCCGGUAUAUCAGCACCCUAGACCUAACCAAGGGCUAUUGGCAGGUACCGCUCUCCGAGGCCGCCAAGCCGAAAACCGCCUUCUCCACCCCCAGUGGCCACUGGCAGUACCGGACCCUUCCCUUCGGCCUACAUGGGGCCCCCGCGACGUUCCAGCGGAUGAUGGACAUCCUCCUGCGGCCUCACCAAGCUUACGCGGCCGCCUACCUGGAUGACGUCGUGGUCCACUCCGAGGCGUGGGACGAACAUCUGGAUCGUCUGCGGAGGGUGCUCUCGGAGCUCCGGCGGGCUGGACUUACCGCCAACCCCCGAAAAUGCCACCUAGCCCUCUCUGAGGCCAAGUACCUGGGCUAUCAAGUCGGCCGAGGACUCAUCCGGCCGCAAGACAAGAAAGUUGAGGCCAUCCACGCCGCACCAAGACCGGAGACAAAGACCCAGGUACGAGCCUUCUUGGGGUUGGCGGGUUAUUAUCGUUGUUUUAUCCCCAACUUCUCCUCUUUAGCCGCCCCCCUGACAGACCUGACCAGGAAGGGGCAGCCGGAGAAAGUAUGCUGGACCCCGUCGGCGGAAGAAGCCUUCUCCCAGGUGAAAGCAGCACUCACGUCCUCGCCGGUACUCCGCGCCCCGGACUUUAGCUGCCCCUUCCUGCUGCAGACGGAUGCUUCCGACACAGGACUAGGAGCGGUCCUCUCCCAAAUUCAGGAAGGUGAGGAGCAUCCGAUCAUCUACAUCAGCAGGAAGCUGUCCCCCGCCGAGAGGAAAUACGCCGCUGUGGAGAAGGAAGCCCUGGCCAUCAGGUGGGCAGUCCUGGAGCUCCGGUACUACCUCCUGGGCCGCAAGUUCACCCUGGUAACCGACCACGCGCCCCUACAGUGGAUGGCCCGCGCCAAGGACACCAACGCCAGGGUGACUCGCUGGUUCCUAGCGCUCCAGGACUUCCACUUCGAAGUCCGCCAUCGAGCUGGGGCCGCCAACGCGAACGCCGAUGGCCUCUCCCGGAUCUGGACAGCUUAUGCAGAAAGCAGCGAGUGACCGACAGCCCACACCCUUUGGAGCACGUCUGGACACCCACUUUCCCCUUGAUUGGCACAGAGGA